UUGAGGCCGAAAAAUUGCUGAAAGGAACCACGGUUUCACGGUUUCGAUAUCGUUCGCGGUCGUGCAGGGCGAUUUCGUUUUUUGGACGCUAAAAACGUGGCGUACGGGAAUCUGGGGCCCGGCUACCGGUGUGUGCAAGUGGUCCACAGUUUGAAGCCAGAUUACGUGGAGGACAUUGCGUCCCGCGAACGAUCGAACGAUGAGCUCGUUUAAGCGAGAUAAAAAGGAGGAGGAGGAGGGUAUGUACACCGCGUGAGCUAAGCUGACUCGGUGGUCGCGGCCUCGAAUCCGAUGCAGAACCUGGAGAAGACGGCGGUGCUGCAGGAGACGCGAAUGUUUAACGAGACACCGGUCAACGCCCGCAAGUGCACACACAUUCUAACCAAGAUCCUGUACCUUAUCAACCAGGGCGAGGUGCUGGGAACGCGCGAGGCUACGGAAUGUUUCUUUGCGAUGACCAAACUGUUCCAAUCGAAAGACGUGGUGAUGCGGCGCAUGGUGUACCUCGGCAUCAAGGAGCUGAGUCCCAUCGCGGACGACGUCAUCAUCGUGACGAGCUCGCUGACGAAAGACAUGACGGGCAAGGAGGACCUGUACCGUGCACCCGCGAUCCGUGCCUUGUGCAGCAUCACCGACCAGACGAUGCUGCAGGCCGUCGAGCGCUACAUGAAGCAAUGCAUCGUCGAUCGCAACGCUCCGGUUUCGAGCGGGGCGCUCGUCAGCUCGCUCCACCUGGCCAGCACCGCUGGUGACGUGGUGAAGCGUUGGGUGAACGAAGCACAGGAGGCGGUGAACAGCGACAACAUUAUGGUGCAAUAUCACGGUCUCGGCCUACUGUACCACAUCCGCAAGGCGGACCGGCUGGGAGUGACAAAGAUGGUGAACAAGCUCGUGCUGAAGCACAUGAAAAGCCCGUACGCCACCUGCUUCCUGAUCCGGAUCGCCUGCAAGCUGCUCGAAGAGGACGAUGCGGCCGCCGGCAACGUGUCGCCACCGGCCCCCUCGCCACUGUUCACGUUCAUCGAGAACUGUUUGCGCAACAAGUCCGAAAUGGUCAUCUACGAGGCAGCACACGCAAUCGUCAACCUGAAGCGCACCAACACCCGCGAACUGUCGACGGCGGUCAGCAUUUUGCAGCUGUUCUGCAACUCGUCGAAAGCCACGCUCCGUUUCGCCGCCGUCCGCACGAUGAACCGGGUGGCCACGGUGCACCCGCCCGCCAUUACCGUGUGCAAUCUCGAUCUGGAGAACUUGAUCGCCGAUUCGAACCGCUCCGUGGCGACACUGGCCAUAACGACGCUGCUGAAAACGGGAGCGGAAAGUUCGGUCGAGCGGCUGAUGAAGCAGAUCGCGACGUUCGUGGCGGAGAUUUCCGACGAGUUUAAGGUGGUCGUGGUGCAGGCCAUCCGGGCCCUGUGCACCAAGUUCCCGCGCAAGCACGGCGUGAUGAUGAACUUUCUGAGCGGCAUGUUGCGCGAGGAGGGUGGGCUCGACUACAAGACGUCGAUCGUCGACACGAUCAUCCUGGCGAUCGAGGAGAAUCCGGACGCCAAGGAGACGGGCCUGGCGCACCUGUGCGAGUUUAUCGAGGACUGCGAGCACACGUCGCUGGCGGUUCGCAUACUGCACCUGCUCGGCAAAGAGGGCCCGUUCUCGAAGUGUCCCUCGCGCUACAUCCGGUUCAUCUACAAUCGCGUCAUCCUGGAAAAUGCGACCGUGCGUGCUGCGGCCGUCGCGGCGAUAGCUCAGUUUGGGGCCAGCUGCCCGGAUCUGCUACCGAACGUGCUGGUGCUGCUGGCGCGCUGCAAGAUGGACAGUGACGACGAGGUGCGCGACCGGGCCACGUACUACCAUUCCAUUCUGAGCCAGGCGGAUGCAUCGGCGCUCGUGAAGGGAUUCGUUGCCGACCGGGACAUUGUUUCAUUGCCGCUGCUCGAGAAAUCGCUGACCGAGUACUUGAAGGGUCCGCUCACGGAACCGUUCGAUCUGUCGAGCGUACCGAAAUCGCAGCCCGUCGAGCCGGAAGUAACGGAAGACGUUAUGAUCAUGAACAAAACGGCACCGAAAGUGGCACGCAGCACACGCGAGGAAAUUAACACGGAAAAGUUGCUACAAAUUCGGGGUAUCCAUCACCUUGGUGCGCUACUCAAAUCGUCGGCCCCGGUACAGCUAACCGAGAGCGAAACGGAGUACACCGUGUCCUGCAUCAAACACUGCUUCGCCAAUCACCUGGUGUUUCAGUUCGAUUGCGUCAAUACGCUCACCGAUCAGCUGCUGGAAAACGUUCGUGUCGAUCUGGUGCUACCGGAAGGGUUCGUGACACGGGCAGUCAUUCCGUGUCAAAAGUUGCCGUACAGUGAGAAGGAGGCCAACUACGUCAUCGUUCAAUUCCCGCAGGAUGUGCCGAGUUCGAUCGCCACAUUUGGAGCAACACUACGCUUCCUAGUGAAAGAUUGCGACCCUACGACGGGCCAGCCAGACUCGGACGAUGGGUACGAUGACGAGUACAUGCUAGAGGACAUCGAGAUCACCGUCGCCGAUCAGAUGCAAAAGUCCAAGAAGCAAAACUUCCUCGCCGCGUGGGAUAGUGCCGAUACCGAGGAAUGGGUCGAAGCGGAGGACACGUUUGAACUGUCGUCAGUGAGCAGUCUACCGGAAGCGGUCAACACCAUUCUCAAGUUUCUCGGUCUGGCGCCGGUCAACAUGUCGGAGUUUGUGUCCGAUGCAGCAUCCACACACACGUUGCUUUGUUCCGGGUCCUUCCGAGGUGGUGUCGAUGUACUGGUGCGCGCCAAGUUGGCCGUUUCCGAUGGCGUCACGAUGCAGCUGACGGUGCGAACGACGGACAUGGAUGUGGCCGAAAUGAUCACCUCGGCCAUCGGUUAAAAUCCGCCUGGGACAACGUUCGCGUUUGAUUACGUUCCCGCCGCGGGCUGAUCGCAAAAGGAAGAUCAUCUACGUUAAGAAUAUUCAACACACACGAUCAUGCGAAACAACAACACACAACAAACCACUCCUUUGGCCGUCUUCAUUAGCCUCAUUAGCAGCCUGGCAUGAAAGAGGAGAGAUUCCGUAGGAUUCCGGAUUCCGUGACCGCCGCUGCUUCAUUCCUUGCAAAAGCUACAGUAACAUGUUUUGCCUUUAUGAAAAAGAAUCCUAUCGCAUCUUCCAACUUCUCUAUCCCUGAUCGUAGCUCGCUGAUCGUUCGCGUUGCCUCCUGUUGCGGCUUACGAACGGCAUUUUAUGUUAUUUUAUUACGUUACUCGUAGCCGCUCUAUAGAUCUAAUGGAACACUGUGAACAGGGAAACGGUGGUUUUGAAGGCAGUUUUUGUGAUUCGUUUGCCAAUUCAGAAGUUGUGGAACGGUGUGGAAGCUCAAUCCUACAAGCCACCAGCCAGUCGUUUUACCCCGAUCACCACCUUAUUCACCCACACGUUUGGUGGGGUCUCCGUUGUGUAACAGGAAGCAGCGGGGCCUCCCCUCUGUUACGGGGAAUCCUUGCCGAAUAGCCUUUUGGUUGUGUUCCAUUUCCGGGCACCCGAAUGUGAAUAUGUAUUACCUAGAGUGUAGAACGAAAACUUGAAACCCGGUUCCCUUCCUCUUUUUCAUUGCGAUCGACUUAAUUGUUAAGUUAUGUAUCUGAAAGGCACGAAAAACAAUCGGAGGUCGAUUAAUAAAUAAAUACACCAACAU